AUGAUGGCAUUCAACACCACAAGGCAGAAGGCAGGCCCCAUUCUCCAAGUUGGGCUUUGGUUUUCCCUCACACUGGCAGGCCUUAUUGUUGGUGCCAACCUACUCUUGGCAGUGGGAAUUGCCCGAGACCGCCGCCUUCGAAGCCCUCCUGCUGGCUGCUUCUUCCUAAGCCUGCUGAUGGCCGGACUGUUCACAGGGUUGGCCCUACCCAUCCUGCCUGGGCUAUGGAGUCACGGUAGGCACGAUUACUGGCCCUGCCUUCUCCUCCACCUCGCCCCCAACUUCUCCUUCCUCUCUCUGCUCGCCAACCUUCUUCUGGUGCAUAGUGAACGCUAUUUGGCCAUUCUGAGGCCCCUGAGCCCUCCCCGAGGAACACGCUGGGCCCUUCUGGUGGCAUGGGCUGCUCCCCUACUCUUUGCCAGCCUGCCUGUCAUAGGCUGGAAUCACUGGGCACCUGAUGCCAACUGCACAUCCCAGGCCAUCUUCCCUGCCCCUUACCUCUACCUCGAAGUUUACGGCCUUCUCUUACCCUCUGUGGUGGCUGCUGCCCUCCUCUCUGCCCGGGUACUGGCCACUGCCCGGCACCAGCUUCAGGAUAUCUGUCGCCUAGAAAGGGCAGUGUGUCGUGACGCCCCUUCAGCACUGGCACGGACCCUGGCCUGGCGCCAGGCAAAGGCACAGGCAGGUGCCACACUACUAUUUGGGCUGUGCUGGGGCCCAUAUAUUGUUGCACUCCUUCUCUCAGUGUUGGCAUUUGAGAAUCGACCCCCCCUAGGGCCUGGCACCCUCCUGGCACUCAACUCUUUGGGCAGUACCAGUGCUGCUGUCGUACCUGUAGCUAUGGGGCUUGGGGACCGGAGAUACACAGCCCCUUGGAGGAAAGCUGUGCUGAGAUUCUGGGCAGUACUCCAGAGAACAGCCACCCAUCGCAGACGCCAGCCCGGACCUGAAGCCACAAGCCAAGAUGGCAGCAGGCGCAGGGGAAAUGACUAA